AUGGAGGAACUCCGUAAUAAAUUAAGAAAGAGACUUGAAUCCAAUCCGAGGAAAGUGAGGUUUCGCAUCUCUUCUGCCUACAGUGGCCGUGUGCUGAAGCAGGUUUACGAAGAUGGGUCAGAGUCCGAGGAACUUGAGGAUGAGGCUCCCAAGAGAACGCUGAAGUCACAACUAAGUGAAAGCUUCAGGAGAGGACGAGCUGAAUUACAGGAGAGCUGGCACCCAGCGUUCCCUUCCACAACGUGCCUGAGGGCAUGCAGAAUAAAUGUUUUCAAAGAUGGAGGGAGGUUCAGUGUGAAAAGUGGCCAGAGUCUAUUCACCGACCUGACAGCAACUUGCUCCAGUCCAUCAAACAUAUUGAAUUUUGGAAAAAUCAUCAUCUACACCAACAAUCUCAGGAUCAUUAAGAAACCACCGACUGAGAAAGAGAUCAUCUGUAAACCUCUCCAAACUCAGCUGACACCCGACAAUGCAACAGACCUGGAUGGAAAGGGAGAAGAUGAAGAAAAAAGUAAAAAGCAUAUAAUGACUACUGAGGAGAAUGAUUCAGAGCCCGUGUGCCUACACUGUGAGGGAGCAGGAUGUGUUCCCUGCUCUUUGUGCCACGGAAGCAAACUCUCAAUGUUUGCCAAUCGAUUCAAGGAGUCGUUCAGAGCUAUACGAUGCCCAGGGUGUGACGAGAAUGGAGUGCAGCCAUGUCUGACCUGUGCACAAUGA